AUGAUAAAGGCAACAAUUUCUGUCAUCCUCUCUUCGGCGCUUGUUUGCUAUGUCAGCGCCCACGGAUACGUCCAAGAAGUUGUCUCUGGGUCAACUCAAUACACCGGCUAUCUUCCUUUAUCAGACCCUUACUACAAGCCUCCUCCAAACAGAAUUAUUCGCAAGAUCCCUGGAAAUGGGCCUGUCACGAAUUUAUCUCUCAUCGACGUCCAAUGUAAUGGAUAUACCGACGGAGGCUCCCCCGGUUCAGCACCUGCCCCAAUCUAUGCCGCCUCUGUUCCCGCUGGUUCUCAACUGUCGCUCAACUGGACUACAUGGCCGAGCAGCCACAUAGGACCCAUGAUAACGUACAUGGCUCGUGCACCAAGCGACAUCACGAACUGGAGUCCCGGAGAUGCCGCAGUUUGGUUCAAAGUCGCGGAGUCCGGCAGGACGGUGGAUGGGAAAUGGGCGUCUACUGACCUUCUUACUGCGACGAACAGUAUAUACACGUUCACGAUCCCACCUAGGCUCAAAGCAGGUCAAUAUAUUGUUAGACAUGAAAUUAUCGCUAUAUACGCCGCCUAUACAUACCCCGGUGUCCAAAUAUACCCCUCAUGCAUUCAAAUAGAAGUGACAGGCCCCGGUGACGCUUUCCCCACGUCCUUCGUCUCUUUCCCGGGGGCAUACACGCCGACUACACCAGGAAUUGUAUUCGACGCUUAUCAUAACACGAGUUCACCUUACCCCAUCCCAGGACCCCCAGUCUGGACAGGAGGAAAUUAA